AUUUCAGUGUAAACCCAUUUUAACCUAGAGAGAGUAUUUACAACUCUGUGAGGAGUAAACCAGCUCUAACGUCAGAGUUAAAAGUCAGUGUAAAGUUCUAUAGACACGGAGUGAAGACAACUCCACACAGUGUUGAUUAGUACCAGUCUGCAUGCGCGGUCUCAGAGCUGUGUGACACAUGUGGAAUUUUCUCUGAAGAGCUGCCACAGUCAGAAUAUGUUGCUGCGUGUUUUGUUUGGUGGGGAGCAGAAGUAUGUUAGGCUGUCUGACCUGAGAUUUGAUGCUUUCAUGAAAGAAGUGUGCCUAAAAUUUAACAUACCAGAAGGCAGACAGCUAGAUAUGAAGGUGUUUGACCAGUCUGACACAGAAGUAGACGCAGAGGUGUUUGAAGAAAUAGUGAAGGGGUCACCUGGAACCUUCCGAGUCCUGCUGAGCAAUGAAGAACUUGGUGCAUCUCUAUCAUCAUCAUCUUCUCCAUCUGAUGAUACAGUCAUUCUAGACUUCACAAUGUGUGACCCUCCAGAAGAAGCAGCCACCACUGAAGGAAGACAACCUAAAAGGCCAUGCCAUAUAAACUAUGAGGCAAAAGCUUUGAUUGAAAAAAUCCUAACAACAAAGCCUGGUGGUGAACACAUCAUACAAGAGUAUGCAAAAACCAAAUCUCUGACAGAUGCAACCAGAAGACAGAUGAUAAACAUACUUGCUGCUGAGAUGACAGAAACACAUGGGACAUCUCCCCCUAAAAGUGUAAGAGUGACGUAUGCUCAGGGGAUUGUUGCUCUGUUUCCAUAUCUGGAAGACCCAUAUUCACAACAUGGAUAUGAACAUUACUAUGAUCCAGAGAGCGGUUUAGGAUACCUUGCGUGGCGGUUGAAGACCAUUCAAAGAAAAGCUGCAGAGGAAAGAAGUGUCUCAGCUUCCAAAUCUCCUAAAGUUGGCGGGCCAGGCCAUGGUCGAUCCAGACCACUCACCACUGAGACAGUGUUAUCAGAUGAGGAUGCAAAAGCAGCUAUUGCUCUUUUGAGACACUCUGCGGAUGAAGACACUAUCCGUGAAAAGAUGAAAGCUUCAUUUAUCGGCAUUCAAUGGUCAGCGAUGAUAAGAAUGCAGCAGAUGUCUUCAUAGUCUUCUCGCGGUUUCUGGACACACCAGGACUGGUAAGACAUCUUCAUUUGUUGAAUCACCGAAAUAUUCCAUGCAGCUUGCAAUUUCACUCAUUACACCUCUCUUAUCUUCUAUUUUUGCAUUAUAGAUAGAACAAGAUUUCAGACUCCUAUUUGAUGAGGUCACUGCCAACAAAUUCUUGGAGAGAUGGCCCAUCGAUCUUAAA